GUGCUGCCGGUGGGGUGUGUGUGUGUUGAGCGCGCGUGUGUGUGUUGGUGUGUUUCUUGAGCAGCGGCGGCUCUCCGUACGGCGCCAGGACGAGUCCGGCUCGUGUUCGUCCGCGGAAAUCUCUCUCGUCUCGCUCGGCUGCGGGCAAUCGGGCUGAAGCGACUGAGUCCGCGAUGGAGAGAGAAAAGGAACAGUUCCGUAAACUCUUUAUUGGGGGCUUAAGCUUUGAAACUACUGAAGAAAGUUUGAGGAACUACUACGAGCAAUGGGGGAAACUUACCGAUUGCGUGGUCAUGAGGGAUCCUGCAAGCAAAAGAUCCCGGGGAUUUGGCUUUGUAACUUUCUCAUCUAUGGCCGAGGUUGAUGCUGCCAUGGCUGCAAGGCCUCAUUCCAUCGAUGGGAGAGUGGUCGAGCCGAAGCGUGCUGUAGCCAGAGAAGAAUCUGGAAAACCUGGGGCUCAUGUCACAGUGAAGAAGCUGUUUGUUGGUGGAAUUAAGGAAGACACUGAGGAACAUCACCUUAGAGAUUACUUUGAAGAAUAUGGGAAAAUUGAUACUAUUGAAAUCAUCACUGAUAGGCAGUCUGGAAAGAAAAGGGGCUUUGGCUUUGUUACCUUUGACGACCACGACCCCGUGGACAAGAUUGUGUUGCAAAAAUAUCACACCAUCAAUGGUCAUAAUGCGGAAGUAAGAAAGGCUUUGUCUAGACAAGAAAUGCAAGAAGUCCAAAGUUCUAGGAGUGGAAGAAGAGGUAACUUUGGUUUUGGAGAUUCACGUGGUGGUGGUGGGAAUUUUGGACCAGGACCAGGAAGUAAUUUUAGAGGGUCUGAUGGAUAUGGGAGUGGACGUGGAUUUGGAGAUGGCUAUAACGGGUAUGGAGGAGGACCUGGAGGUGGCAAUUUUGGAGGUAGCCCUGGUUAUGGAGGAGGAAGAGGAGGCUAUGGUGGCGGAGGACCUGGAUAUGGCAGCCAGGGUGGGGGCUACGGAGGUGGUUAUGACAACUACGGAGGAGGGAAUUAUGGAAGUGGAAAUUACAAUGAUUUUGGAAAUUAUAAUCAGCAACCUUCUAACUACGGCCCAAUGAAGAGUGGAAACUUUGGUGGUAGCAGGAACACGGGGGGACCAUAUGGUGGAGGAAACUAUGGUCCAGGAGGCAGUGGAGGAAGUGGGGGUUAUGGUGGGAGGAGCCGAUAUUGAGCUGCGUCUGUUUAUCAUGGGAAGGUGUCUUGCUGCAGGUAACUAAUGAAGAAGUGGUCAACCACAGAAUCUUCAAGAACUAAGAAAUUCUGUGCCAUCUGAAAGUAGUUCUUGUUGGUGCCUUCAUUUAAGAAGCACUCUUUAAGAUGAAAGGGAAAUGUUUUCUGAUAAGACAGAAACUUCAUCUAGUACAGGUUCUUUAUUUUAAAAUACAAAUGAAUGGUGUUUGUAAAACAUUCUCAAAUUAGCCAGAGAUAAAUGUAUCAUGUUUUAAAUUAGGUUUUGUGAGUAGAGAGAUGAAAGUUCUAUUUUAAAUACAAAGUUUAUAAAAUAAAUACUUUUGUACCC